UCUCAUAAAUUAUUAUUAAGUAUCUUAUCAAGAGUAUGCAUUUGUCCUUUUCUGAGAAAGCAGGGUCUGGUGCGUUAUAAGCAACUGCUUGUAUAAAAUUUGGCCCGAAGUUUAGUAGUUUCGAACCUCUAACAGUCUGAUUUAGCCUACCUAUGCAAAGACUCAGAGAUAUGCUUCUUUUUAAGAAGAGAAAAGUCGAAGAAUCAUCUGUGACGACUGGAGAAAUUUUGGAUAGUAAUAAUACCUUCAAUGCCCUUGAGUUUUUAAAUGACCUUGAAGAACAUAAGACCUCUGCUCUUGCUUCUGAGAAUGGAGAUUCACAUCAGGCAACAAAUAAUUUGAAUAUCUCCAAUUUUGACAAAGAUGGACAUGGGAUUGUCCAAGAUGUCGACAUCAUCUCUGAACAUGUUCCUAAUAAGCUGAGCUAUAAGUUCAUCUUUGAUAUCAACUCCAGAGUUUAUGGAGGAAGAUUCACCUCGAAUGGGAAGCUUUAUUAUUGCUCCAGUCAAGACAUUAUAGGAAUUUAUGAUUCGUAUGAUCCCUACAAUAUGAAGAAAAUCAAGUCUGUGAAUGCUCUUGAUGUAAACUGGACUAUCACGAGCAUGGAUACGACUGAGGAUGAAGAAAAAUUGAUUUACUCCUCUAUUUCACCUUACCUGCACAUUGUCGAUUUGCAAACAUUGUGAAAGUUUCAUGCAAAAGUUGACCUAUCUGAAGACAAUGAUGCUCCAAUGAAUUACUUCAAUUACUCAGGGAUCUUUAACUGCAAAUUCUCAGGCGAUGGUAGCGAGAUUGUCUGUGUGACCAACACAGCUAGGAUCAUUGUCUAUGAUCUUAAUAAGGAAGAAAGGGUCUGUAAUAUCCUGAAUACCCACCGGGACGACAUUAACACUGUGUGUUUCGCUAAUAGAAACAACUCAAACAUUCUUUUUACAGGAUCUGACGAUUAUGUCAUUAAAGCAUGGGAUAGAAGAAUCAUGGAUUCAAACAAACCAAUAGGCUGCUUUAUUGGCCACAGAGAGGGAGUCACUUCUAUUGAUUCUCGAGGAGACGAGCGCUACCUGGCAUCAAACGGAAAAGAUCAGCAACUCAAGCUCUGGGAUAUCAGGAAAAUGAAUGACAUUAGCGACCUAGAUAAUGUUAGAAACCUCAAUGUUAUGGAACAAUUCGAUUACAGAUGGAUGGACUAUACUUAUAAGGAUCUAGACAAGCACGAGAUGGAUAACUCAGUGAUGACUUUCAGAGGGCACACCGUCCUCCAAACUCUCAUCAGAUGCUAUUUCUCCCCAUCAGAGAACACAGGACAGAGAUACCUUUAUUCAGGAUCUGCAGAUGGCUGAGUCUAUGUAUUUGACAUAAUGACUGGAGAAAGUAAGACAUACAUCUCUAGUAAAUCUGCUGAAUGUAUUAGAGACGUCUCAUGGCAUCCUAAGGUGCCUGUAAUAGCUGCCACUUCCUUUGGAGGAAAUAUAUCUGUUUUCACUGAAGAUGAAUCAAAAGCUCAUAAAAAGAGAGAUUCAAGAAGAAGGAUCAGAGAGAUCACAGGGUACUAUGGAACAAAUAGAGAAUUUAGCUCUGAAGGAGACGAGGAUGAAGAAUUCUGUGAUGUCCAAUCUGAACCUUACUAAUCCUCCACCUUCCACUUUAAUUUAAUAAGGUUUCCAUA